AUGCGUUUGACACACCUGUGUGUUGGGCUCGUCCAAUGUUUACAUGCUUGGGGGGCUCGGCCCGCAAGUAUCCCCAAAUCGCCAGCCUUCACUGUUCUGGUGGAUAAUACCCUAGAACCUUCCACCGUCCAAUCCAGCCCGUCCUAUCUAUUGCUACAUGAAGCACAAACGCAAGAACGCGCUGCAGAGGCUUGUAACGCACUGGGGGAGGUUCUGGCGAGUGUCGAAGAUGUGCCUCUAUUCCAGCCACUGCUUCUGGUGCACCAGAAAGCUCUGGAUGAGGAGCGAUCUCGUCCCAUGUGGUUGACAGGAAACGGCGGGGCGUGCACAGCAUAUACUCUUCCAGAUAAUCACACCUCGACUGUCGAUUGCACCCGCCGUAUUGGCGCUCUUUGCACCAAUACUGCAGAAUAUCAGACUGGGUUCAGCGCCCCAUCCACAAGUCGCCAUGUACAUGUUGAUACAUCGCAAGGAUCUAUCAAGGGGUUCCGGGACCGCUUGACGGCACAAUUCCGGGGAAUUCCCUAUGCCAAACCCCCGAUAGGCGAGAGACGACUGGAGAACCCGGAAAGACUGCACAGCUUACCCGGACAAAAAGGGGGAUUGGCAUAUGAUGCUACAAAGUUUAGGCCACUAUGUCCGCAAGACAUGGGCCCGAACGCUACGCCGGACCUCCAAAACCCAGAUUAUCCUAUAUCCGAGGACUGCCUAUAUCUCAAUGUCUACACCCCAAUGCUUCCGGAAGCUAAUGCCCCUGAUCUGUUACCUGUGCUGGUUUGGAUCCAUGGUGGCUCGAAUUACUACGGUGGCUCGUCCAUGCCUUUCUAUCUUGGAAUGAACCUCGCAAGCCGCCGACCAUUGGUGGUGGUCUCCCUGAACUACCGCCUCGGCGCGCUGGGAUUCCUCUCCGAUCCAACGAGGCCAUUGGGCUUUGGAAGCAACCAAGCGAUGCGCGACCAGAUCAUGGCUCUGAACUGGGUUCAGGAGCAUAUCAAAUCCUUCGGUGGCGAUCCCGCACGAGUCACAAUUUUCGGAGAGUCCUCUGGAGGCAGCGCCGUCAUGUCUCUCCUCCAGACACCCCUUGCAAAGGGCCUCUUUGCCGGUGCCAUCGUCCAGUCCGGGAGCACAUGGUCGGGUUGGCAGAGGCCACAGGUGCAGGCCAGCCUCACGCAGAUGUUCCUGGAUCUGGCUGGUUGCAAGGACCUGAGUUGCGUGAAAAACGAGCGGACGACCUCGGAGAUACUAGAGUACCAAGGGCGGCUGUUUUCAAAGGCUCAAGACGUGUUUCCUCGCGGGCAAGUCAACUUUGUCGAGCCGGUGCGGCCGUAUAUCGAUCAUGACCUGAUCACGGAAGAUUGGGAUACUGCAUUGGCGAAUGGUCGUUACCACAAGGUGCCAACGCUUGUCACAUAUACCCGUGACGAGUUCGGAUUGAUUCUACAGGCCAAUGAGUCGUUCAAGGAAAGCCCGACAAAUUAUUCAACAGCGGCUGAGUUUCUAGCCACAUUUCUCCUAGGCGAGGAGCGGACCAGACAAGUAUUAGACACCCCGGAGCUGGGGUUCGACCGGUCAUUGAUCCCUGCGCCUGAUGUUACCGACCCGUUUAUCCAACUUACUACGGACCUAGGGUACCGAUGUAGCAGUGAGAUCUACGCAAGCCUUCUAGAGCGGCAUAACCGCGACGUAUGGGAAGUAUCGUGGGACAUCGGUCUGCCGCAGUUCCUCGGGGGCAAGAUCUGUGGCAAUGGCACGGGCCGCGCCUGCCAUGCCGCUGAACUGCCUAUCCUGUUUGGCUCAGCGGGAUAUGCCAAUAUCAGCAGUCAUGAUGCGCUCGCCUCUGUUAGCUACUUCCAGCAGGCUCGCGACACGAUUGAUCUGUACAGCAACUUCGUGUAUGAUGGCGAGUUGAGCAUCAAUACGACUGAGUAUCCUCAGCGUGGUGGCGAUGCGGUCCGCAAUGUCCUCCACUGGAACGACAUGCCUGCGUCAACCGGUGGAGGCGUCCGCUGGGAGAUCUGCCAGAAGAUGGAGGAGAUGAAGUUGUAUGAUCGGUUGCACUACCCAUAUUUCCCCAUCCGUGACCCCCGCGUACGCGUGGGAGAAAGUCAGGGUAAUUUGCAGGAUCCCUUGGGAGCAGGGCCCUUUGGUUGA